GGCAUUUGCGCUGUUUUGACUUGAACUAAUGGGGAAUAUACAUACAGUGGGGCCCAGUGAAGCCCUCGUCAUUUCCGGUGGAUGCUGUGGAGCUGCGAAAGUGCGUACAAUAAUUGGUGGGUGGGGUUGGGCUUGGUGGCUUGUCACUGAGGUUCAAAAAAUUUCUCUAGGAGUUAUGACUCUAAAUCCAGUCUGCGAGAAUGUGGAAACAUCAGAAGGUGUUCCUUUAACUGUGACAGGCGUGGCACAAGUCAAGGUGAUGCGGGAUGACAAACUGCUUGAGGCAGCAUGUCAACAAUUUUUAGGGAAAAAACAACGAGAUAUUCAAAACACUAUACUUCAAACGAUGGAAGGACAUUUAAGAGCUAUACUCGGCACUUUGACAGUGGAAGCCAUUUAUCGUGAUCGCGAUCAGUUUGCUGCUCUUGUUCGAGAGGUGGCAGCACCAGAUGUAGGACGAAUGGGAAUUGAGAUAUUAAGUUUUACCAUAAAAGAUGUUUAUGAUCGUGUGGAAUACUUAAAUUCUCUGGGACGUGCACAAACAGCGAACGUCAAAAGAGAUGCUGACAUCGGAGUUGCUGAAGCAGAACGUGAUGCUGGAAUCAAGGAAGCAGAAUGUGAUCGUUGUCGUUUGGACGUUCGUUAUUCAGCCGAUACGCAUAUUGCUAAUUCAAGUCGUGAAUUUCAAUUGAGGAAGGCUAGUUUUGAUCAAGAGGUUAAUACAGCUCGUGCAGAAUCUGAAUUGGCCUAUAAAUUACAGGCUGCUAAAGAGAGACAAAAAAUUCGAAAAGAAGAAGUGAACAUUAAUAUUGUUGAACGUCGUAAACAAAUUGAAAUUGAAGAAAAAGGCGUAUUAUGUACUGAAAAAAAUAUGGAUGCCACUGUACGACGUCCAGCUGAAGCAGAAGCUUAUAGACUACAACAAAUAGCUGAGGGUUAUAGAUCACAAAAAAUUCUUUUAGCUCAAGCUGAGGCCGAUGGUAUUCGUCUUAAAGGUAUUGCUAAAGCUGAAGCUAUGGAAGCUGUUGGACGGGCAGAAGCUGAGAGAAUGCGUUUGAGGGCUGAAGCUUAUAGUAAAUACGGUGAUGCUGCUAUUCUAAAUCUCAUAUUGGAUACAUUACCGCAAAUAGCUGCUGAAGUUGCUGCUCCACUGAGCAAAACUAAAGAAAUUGUUAUUAUGAAUGGUUCUAAUGGCGAACCGGCUACUUUACAAAGUCUCACUAAUCUGGGCAAAGAUUUUACUACAUUAGUUGGGACUGUUCCACAUGCUAUUCGAGCUCUAACAAAUGUUGAUCUCAGUCAGUUGGAAAUAUAUUAUGCGUGAAAACAUUGCAAAGCUUACUUGAUCUGAUAUGCAGCUUUUCAGAACACAAAAUUUACUCUUCCUAUCGUAUUCAAUCAUAUUGUGGUGUAAGCUACUUAUAGGGACAGGUAUAAGUGUGGUGUAUGCUGCUUCUUCUGACAGAGAUAAAUAAUAUGUAGCAAAAAUCGGGUGUGGAAUGCAUGCCAGCAGAAGAUUGAAUUGAAGAAACAGAGCAAUUGGAAUAACAACAGAAUUGAAAAAAGUCAUGAAGCGUGUAGAAGGCAACUGAUGGAGGAUUUGCAAAUAAUAUAUUCAAUGUUUGAUUUCCAUAUUUUACGAAGGCACUGGGUAGUUCUGCACUAAACAAUAUAUUGGUUUUCUCCAACUCAGUUUUCGUUCAUUGCAUAUGUAGUAUGUAUCGGCGAUCCAAAGUAGGAUUGUUACCAACAGAAGAGGAAAAUGAGAAGGGGAAAAAGCAAAGGUAGUUGGAUUAUCAACAGAAACUGAAAAACGAUCGAGUUUGGAGGAGACAAUUUAAGGAAGUUGUUCAAAUGUUGUAUUCAAUGUAUUGUUUUCGUGUUUUACAAUUCCAGAGUAGACUAUUAUUAAAGUCCUUUUUGAGUGAUUCACUGGGUUGUUCCAAACUGUGUAGAAAAUUCGCUGUAGAGAUAAUCGGUUUCUUUUAGAGCUCAGAAUAUUUUAUGUGUGGAUUUCUAGGGAUAAUAAUACUAAUUCAUAGUUAUUAUUUCUCACUGUGUAAAAGUGUCACAAUGUCAACCAGAAAAGCAAAUCUAAAAAUAUUCCAGUAAUUUUUGUCGUUAAUAGUCAGCUACUAUGAUUUUGUUUGGUUGUAUACGAAAACUUAUGAGUAUUCUAAUAUUUUUAUGGGAAGUACAACUCAUCAGUGUUAUUGUUGACUGCUGAAGCACAAAUUACGUAAUAAGUAGGGAUUUUUAGCGUAAAAGUUAAUCAAUGUUACUUGACCUAUUUCAUGAGAUCAUCUAUCAGUCUGUUAAUGGUUUCAUAAAUCAGCAGUAUGUUAAUUUGUAAAAUGCUUUCUAGAUAAAUCAUAGUUAUAUGGACAUUCUGGUUUGAAACAGUUUGUACUUUGAAUAGUGUGUUAAUUAAAAAACCCCGUAAGAUAUGUGGCCUAAUGGUCAAAACAUUCUAUUCAGAAACAAUAAGUAGCGUAUCUAAAUCCCACUUUAUCUAUUACAUUCUAGGCAUAAGUAUUAUUAUUAUCAGCCCUCAUACAAUGUAUGUAGUUCAAAGUUACGUACACAAAUCCUAGGUGUCUGUCUAUGAGUAAAACCAAAGUUAACAAAUUACAAUUAGGAUACAAAUGGUAUAUUAAAGAAAGAGAUAAUAACAGUUGUUAUGAAAGGAAUGUUACUUGUAAACCGCUCUCUGAGAUAACAUCUAGAAAUGAGUUCACUUGAUUAACGAAGAUUCCUCUGCGCGAGAUGGCACCAACGGCGUGAUGAGGAAGAAUGGAUUCAAUAAUAUUAUUUAAUAACAAUCCGGGCCAAAAAUCCAAUGUAGUGUAGGAAGGCCUAAAAGGACGUUAUAACACUAUUAUAGUCUUCAAUCAAAGGCCGUGGCCAAUAAAGCAGAAGAACAGACGGUAGAGAAUAGUGUUUUAUAUAUUUCAACCAACGCGGUAGAAUAUUUGUAUAUAGAGCGAAUGGAAUAGAACGAAGCAAAACGACGCGCAGUGGAGAUGGCGGGUAAGCCAACUCCCAUUUAAACAAGCGUUAAUCAAUAUUUAUAGUUACACAAAAGUAAGUUACAGACACGUGAUGAGUAAUAGGAUAAGAAAUGUACACACACCUACGCGCUCACAUAAAAACAGUCAAGAUUGAUAAGCGAACAAAGUCAGAAUGUGACUCAAGUAGGAUGAAUAGAAUAGGCUGUCCGGAAGCUUGAAUACGGUAUAUGGGCUUAACAUAAUAACCGACACUACAGG